GUAACAGAAUUAACGACCACAAAAUAAUAACAAGCAAAAAUCUCAAAAUCUGUCUUAACCUUUUUUUACCACCCAACAAAACCAAUCUCUCAUUUGUUCUUCUGCACAAUCUCACAUACUUCUAUUUCUCCCUCUCCUUGUCACAAGGAAAGGGCGUGGAAGAAACCAAAAACCUAAACAAAAGGGUAAUAAUUAAUAACUCAUUGUAAAAAACCAAAAAAGAAAAAAAAGAAAACAAAAAAAUGGGUAUCAAGAUGUUACUUGUCUUCGGCCUCUUGAUCUUAGCUAUGGUAGCUAAAUCCGUCAAUGCCACCUAUCCACUGACUAAAUCAUGCAUCAACGGGCAAGGUUGCAUCGGAGAGGACGAUGAGCUCGAAUCUCUAAUGGAUUCAGAGACAAACCGACGUCAACUCGCAAGAGGACGUCGUUACAUUGGCUAUGAUGCUCUCAAAAAGAACAAUGUGCCUUGCAGUAGACGUGGCCGAUCUUACUACGAUUGCAAGAAGAGAAGAAGGAAUAAUCCUUAUAGGCGUGGUUGCAGUGCCAUCACGCAUUGCUAUAGGUACGCACGCUAAGAGAGGAAGGUUUGAUUCAUCAACGUACGUACGUUCGAUCUUCUUUCUUCAUUCUUGAUCGUUAAAUAUUAAUUUCCCCUCCUUAAUUUCCACCUUUUUCAUAUAUCUUUUUUUUUUCCAUUCUUUCUUAACGUAUCCUAUAUGUUAUACGUAUGAUCUUAUAUUCUCUUUUUGUUAUUUAUUUUUUCCUUUUAAUUAUUUAAUCAUCAUCAUGAUGCAUAUAAGCUUUUGAUUCAUUGGUAUAUCGCUUCUUUUCCUUUGUUGUUGUUCUUUUAAUUCGUUUCGUUCAUAUAAUUAAGUUCCGUUUUUCUAUUA